AUGACCACCGCCAAGACGCUGAUGGCGAUGAUUUUUGGGGCGCCGAUUAUGAGCGUCGUGGCGGCGUCCAUGGUGCAUGUUGUGCGCUGGGUGUCGAACAUGAUUUUGGCGCAUCUGAUUUUUCUGAACUAUCGCAAGAACCUCAAGAAGAAGCAGCUGAAAGCGAAACACGGGCUGUUUUUCCAAUUGGAACGAUGGCAUAGUUGGAGUUAUUUGAUGCAGGAAACGCUGGUUUUUUUCAUUACCGUAUCGUUGGCUGUGCUGAUGGCUGCUUUUGGUGGCUACGUGUUGAUGAAAGAAAAUGACUGGUCUUUGGACCAUACCGUACGCUACUCGUUUUCGUUGCUAAUCGGAACUGGAGGUCAAGAACUUGCACCAGACUAUCUGACCAAUAAAACCAUUGAUUACCCGCGAGCAAUUCACGUCACAAAUAUCCUCCUAUGGUUUUCAACUUCCCUGGCCUUCAUUUUUGGCGGAAUUAUGCAACUCGUGGAUAUGACCUGCACUGUGCUUCAUCGAGUGGGUGAAAUCGACAAAGACGAAAUCGCCUAUUUCCGAAAGCUACGCCAAGCAAAGCGAGAGUUGAAAUAUGUAAAG